UGUCUUUUGCGUAUACCUAUGAGCAUUUCAGUCAUCACUUAAGUUUCAACAGGUAUAUUGUUUUCUCCCAAAUUAUUCUUUGUUUAAAUCAGUGGUGCAUACAUAUGGGAUGGAAUGGAAUGGGAUGGGAAGGCCAUGUCUUUUUUUCAAGUUCAGGGUUCAAUCAGGAUCAGGUUCGGUAGAUGGAUUAUGGGUGGUUGGAUGGAGUUUUGGUGUCUUCUGUCUUGCUUUUUUUCAUUUCAACCACAUCACAGAUUGGAUUUGGUGUAUGGAUGGGUCAUGAUAUCUAGGCCUGAAUGGGUUGGACUAUCAUGGCUUUUGGUCCUUGUUAUUUACACGGACUACUUAUAGACGACAAUUUACAUGUCAUUGAAUAUACUGUUAAUAGUUCCAAGAGAAAGAAGUAUACAAUGAAAUCCUAAUGGGUCUAAAUAUGGGGUAU